AUGGAAAACACUCGCUGCUUCGCGAACCGUUUCUCCGACUACAGAGGCGCGCUGCUCCCGGGCCAGGGCGCAGAGGCCGCCGUGCCCACGGUGGUCGCCACCAUCGAUAGGAUCCUGAGAAAGGUCCCCGUCGACGCCGGCGACUGCGACGGAGGGCUGUACGACGGGCCGGCCGGGGUGGCGUACAUGCUGUACCACGUCAGCGAGUGCCCGCUGUUCUCCAAGCACCGGGACGCGUACCUGAAGACGGCCAAGCAGAUCAUCGACGCGUCGGUGAGAUACGCGGACGCGGAGCCGGACCAGAACAUGCGCGCAGCCUUCCUGCUCGGCGGCGCGGGCGUCUACGCCGCGGCCGCGCUCAUAUACAAGUCCCUGGGUUUGGCCGAUUUCGUUAAGCCCCUGACGAAAUUUCGCAACCUGUGGGAGGUGUGCGCGCCCAUUCAUUUCCUGGAGUGCGGCUCAGACGAGCUGUUCGUGGGGAGGGCUGGGUACCUGUGCGCCGCCCUGGUCCUCAGACAGAAGCUGGGCAUCGAGAUUCUGAGCAAAGACCAAAUCAAAUCUAUUUGCCAGGCCAUCAUCGAGUCAGGACGACAGUAUGCCAGGAGGAAGAGGAAGCCGUUCCCCCUCAUGUAUUCAUACUAUGGGACCGAGUAUCUCGGCGCGGCCCACGGCCUGUCGUCGGUGCUGCAGAUGCUGCUCAGCCACCAGGACGUGCUCAGCGGCGCCGAGAGGGACCUGGUGUGGCAGAGCGUGGACUUCCUCAUGAACCAGGAGCAGAACUGCAACUGGCCCGCGGAGCUGGGCGCCAUCAUCGAGAGGGAGAACGAGCUGGUGCACUGGUGCCACGGCGCCCCGGGCGUGGCGUAUCUCUUUGCCAAGGCCUACCUGAUCAACAAGAAGCCCCAGUACCUGGACACGUGCAUCCGCAGCGGGGAGCUGGUGUGGCAGAAGGGCCUGCUGAAGAAGGGGCCUGGGAUCUGCCACGGAGUCGCCGGCAGCGCCUACGUCUUCCUGCUGCUGUACCGGCUCACGGGAAACUCCAAGUACCUCUACCGCGCUCAGAGGUUUGCAGAGUUCCUCUUCACUGAGGAGUUCAAGGCAGGCUCCCGCUCGCUCACCAGCGUCUACAGCCUGUUUGAAGGCCUGUCGGGGACCGUCUGCUUCCUGGUGGACCUGCUGCAGCCGGACCAGUCCGAGUUCCCUCUGUUCAGUGUCUUUGUGUGA